AUGAAGAUUACCCCGAGCGCACAUUUACAAAGCAAUGAAUCACAGAUUAACUACGUAUACUAUUUUUUUAAUUCUUCCCCUCAGGCAUCUUCACCCGAUGAAAAAGCUCUUGUUGAAGGUGCUGCCCAAAACGGAGUUGUAUUCGUUGGCGUGGAGCCCGUUGAAGAUUCAAUUUCGACCAAACGGUACAAAAUUGAGUACAGGAAUGGUGGCUCAACAAACGACAAUGCUGCUGAGCAGAAAUGCUACCUGGUCGACGCCGUUCUGGAGUUUACUUCGGAACGGAAACGAAUGACUGUAAUGGUUCGUUAUCCGGACGGUACCUAUCACAUACACAGCAAAGGUGCCGAAAGUACGAUGCUCACACCUGAG